AUGCUAGGCCACACAAAUCCAUUGGGCAGGGGGGUGGCUAACAUUCUGGGCAUCAAACUCGAAGAUCAAAAACAAGGCCUACAAGCUGAGAUACCAAGCAGUUCAUCCAUCGCUUCAGAGCAAAGGCACAAUUCGUUCUACGAAACUGAACCCACAUCGUCGGAAUGGAUUAAAGAGCAGGUCCCGUCGAAGGAGGAGGUUGUCGCAUAUGCAGCUUCAUUAUUCCCAUUCGCGUCUUGGAUCAGCCACUACAAUAUGCAAUGGUUUGCGGGUGAUUUGGUCGCUGGUAUCACCAUAGGUGCUGUAGUCGUUCCACAAGGCAUGGCCUAUGCUAUUCUCGCAAACCUGGAACCCCAGUUUGGCCUCUACUCGUCCUUUAUAGGGGCGUUGAUAUACUGGAUAUUCGGUACCUCCAAGGAUAUAUCUAUUGGUCCCGUUGCAGUCCUUUCGACUGUCGUUGGGAAUGUUGUUCAGGAUGUCCAAGAUUCGGGACAAAUCGUCCAGGCCCAUGUUGUUGCGUCAGCGUUGUCAGUUAUCGCGGGCUUCAUUGUCCUCGUCAUCGGACUACUGAGGUGCGGAUGGAUAGUCGACCUCAUUUCCAUCACCUCUCUCUCAGCUUUUAUGACGGGCUCUGCCAUCACAAUUUGCGUCGGCCAACUACCAGCACUUCUCGGUCUGUCAGGAUUUUCAAACCGAGACCCCCCAUACAAAGUCUUUGCAAAUACGAUCGAACAUCUCGGAGAAGCAGGUUACGAUGCCGUCGUCGGAGUCUCAGCCCUAUCGAUUCUAUACCUUAUCCGUCAAGGUUUCACCGCUGCGGCAGAACGAUACCCAAAGCAUAAAAGACUAUUGUUCUUCACAAACACAAUGCGUACGGUUUUUGUUAUUUUAGUGUAUACAGUAAUGAGCUGGGUCCUCAAUAUGCAUAGAAAAGACGAUCCCUUAUUCAAGGUUCUAGGGGUAAUUCCAAAAGGGUUCCAGAAUAUUGGGGUCCCAAGACUAACGACGGAGCUCAUUUCGGACUUUAUUCCAUAUCUACCAGCUACCGUUAUUGUCUUGCUUGUUGAGCAUAUGGCGAUUUCCAAGUCGUUUGGGCGUGUCAACAACUACACCAUUGAUCCAUCUCAAGAAAUGGUUGCCAUUGGGAUGGCUAACCUUGUUGGUCCAUUCCUUGGGGCAUAUCCAGCUACAGGCUCAUUCAGUCGUACUGCAAUUCAGUCGAAAGCUGGCGUACGAACCCCUGCUGCUGGGAUAAUCACUGGACUGGUAGUUUUACUUGCAACGUACCUGUUGACCGAUGUCUUCUUUUAUAUACCAAGUGCCGCUCUUGCGGCCGUCAUCAUUCACGCCGUGGGAGAUCUCGUCACACCUCCCAACACAAUUUAUCAGUUCUGGAGAGUUUCACCGAUCGAGGUGUUCAUCUUCUUUACCGGUGUUAUCGUCAGUGUCUUCGCUCAAAUAGAAGAUGGGCUAUAUGCUACCGUUCUCCUUUCAGGAGCUGUGUUUAUCUACCGUAUCCUGAAGGCCAAAGGCAGGUUUCUUGGCAAAGUCAAGGUUCAUUCGGUCAUUGGCGACCAUGUUAUUGGUGAUGAUCACCGAAAGGUCGUUGGGGAGUACGGCACAAUCGAGGAUUCCGAUGUCUCUGCAAGAAAUGUUUUUAUCCCCCUUGGUCAUGGUGAUGGCUCGAACCCCGAAGUUGAAGUUGAUCAUCCAUAUCCCGGAAUUUUCAUCUACCGCUUUUCUGAAGGCUUCAAUUACCCCAAUGCCAACUCGUCUCUGGACUAUCUGACCAACUUCAUUCAGUCCAACACGCAACGCAGCAGUCCCGAAGCUUUUGAACGACCAGGCGACAGGCCGUGGAAUAACCCAGGGCCGAGGAAAUCUGCAAAACGUCCUGUUAAUUCAGAUCCAGACUCUGCACUUCCGACAUUAAAAGCCGUCAUCUUGGAUUUCAGUUCUGUCAACAACGUUGACAUCACCUCGAUUCAACGACUGAUCGAUAUCCGUAAUCAGCUCGAUUCAUAUGCCUCUCCUGACGGUGUAGAUUGGCAUUUUGCUUGCAUAAAUAACCGAUGGUCCAAGAGAGCAUUGGUGUCAGCAGGGUUCGGAGUCCCAUACAAACCCAACGAAGGCACAGCACCUCGAAGAUGGAAAUCUAUUUUCAGCGUAGCGGAAAUCGGAGGCAAGGACUCUGCUGCAGCAAUCGCUCAGGAGACGGACCCCGACGAAAUGACACCAAAACAUAUGGAUAAUACAGACGAAGAGCCCUUGAUUGGAGGAUUUUCCUCGGUAAAAUCCUAUGGCUCAGUGUCAUCAGGAGACCUCGAGAAGCAGAAGCGGAGAGGUGCUGUUGUUCAUGGCCUGGACAAACCACUAUUUCAUGUAGACUUGACAAGCGCGUUGCAGAACGCAAUAACUAAUGUGGAAGAGAGGACGAUAUCAAGAGAAACAGCACACGAUUAA